AUGAAGCAAUUCACUUCCAUUGCCGCCCUCACGGGUCUCAUUUCGCUGGCCAAUGCCCACGGUUUUGUUACCAGCCCGACCGCCCGUAUGCCUGGUGAUGCCAUGGCCUCCGCCUGUGGUCAACAAGUCGAAGUCAACCAGCAGUCCGACAACUACGGCAACAUCCAGGGUGAACUGCAGGUCGCCAGUGGCCAAAGCGAUUACAGUGCCAGCGAGUGUGAUAUUUGGCUUUGCAAGGGCUACAAGUUUGCCGACAACAAGGACAACGUCUACUCCUACACCGCCGGCCAGACCGUGGACUUCACUGUUGACAUCCGUGCUCCCCACACCGGUGUUGCCAACGUGUCUGUUGUCGAGACUUCCUCCAACUCCGUCAUUGGCAGCCCUCUGAUCAGCUGGUCUGUCUAUGCCUCGACUGCUACCGGCGUCACCGCAAAUGAGACCGACUUCAGCGUGACCAUGCCCGAUGAUCUUGGUAGCAAGUGCUCUACCGCUGGUGACUGUGUGCUGCAGUGGUACUGGUACGCCGAGUCCAUUGACCAGACCUACGAGUCUUGCGUCGAUUUCACUCUUGGUGGUUCCGGCUCUAGCUCUGGCUCUGGCUCUGGUUCUAGCUCCUCCAGCUCCUCCAGCUCCUCCAGCUCGACUGCUAAGGCCGAGACUACCCCUGCUGCUGUUGAGACCACCUCUGCUGCCGUUGAAACCACCGCUGCUGCGGCUGAGACCACCACUGCUGCUCCUGUCGAGACUACCCCUGCUGCCCCUGUGCAGUACGCUACCACCACCUUCGCUACCCAGGCCCGUCAAUCCGCUGAGCCCUCGGUCGAGGUGCAGACUGCCAGCGCCGUGGAGACCACCGGUAGCUCUGUUGUCUCCACCAAGCCCAUCCCCACUGACGGUACUGCCCAGGAGAAACUGAACUUUGUCGAGUCUAUCCUGAAGUACCUGGCCAACUAG